CCCCAGAAAAGAACAAGUCACAUUGUUAUCACCGCCCUGAGUUUGUCCCCUGAUCCCACGGCGCAGUCCUACACAGGGAGCGAGCUUUUGAAAUCGGUACUCUGGCCCGGUAGCUGCGGCAUGCUCCGCAGUCUGUCAAGAUGACCAGGCUCCGCGGAGCUUCCGUGAGCUCGUAUGAGGUUUCGCGUGGUGGCAUCGACAGGCCCGAAAUCCAUCGUUCGAAAUUACCCCCUAAUGCGCCCGACGUGAUCGCCCAAAAUACGAUAGAUGUCUCCGACCCUACCCAGGUAUUAUUAUGGUAUAGAGAUGAACGACGUCGGCAGUUCAACCUCCUGGUCCGCAGGUACAAGAAUCAACUUCUCUACGGCUGUCAGGAUCCCGGAUGCCAAACGCCGACAUGUGCCAGCUAUCGGAAACGCGUGACAGACGGUCCCUUUCGUCGAUAUACGGAGCUGAGCGCCCGCACGCUGGCUUGCUACUUGGCUAGUUUGGAUAAUGCGGAGGACGGUCUUUGUCGCAAUCUUUCCCGAGUUCCCAGCGAGCUUUCAGCCCAAGAUAACCAACGCCGAUCGAAACGACGGAAUCGUGCCUUGCCUUCGAACGAGUCUGCGCGAGAACAAACAGAGUUGAGAGGAGUGGAUCAUACUGGUGCGAAUGGGGCGUCACGGUCUUCAUCGACCCGGAAUACCAGGUCACCCAGCUCAAGCGACCGAAAUGGGGGGAGCUCGUCCCCUGUUAUGAGAUUGCAGGAUCAGGAGGCGGUCAUGCGGGAGGAGGCUGCACCUGCAACGCAGCGACUGAAAGACCCGAAGUCGUUCACUCAGAACCUGUUUGAUACUCUGUCUCUUCGGAUGAUCGAAUGGCUGCCUCUUCGGCGCUCUCCAAGCACUCUUGGUCCGGAGCCAGAGCGUUUAGACAUCCGUCCUGGAACUCGAUCACCCAAAUCUGAGCGCGAGGGGACACAGCCCUACCCGGAUAAAGUCAGGCCACAGCUAACUCGACAACGCACACCCCAGCAUCCAGUAUCGGCAGGUGGUGCGCCACAUACCCCUUCGUCGCGCCAUGUGAAUAGCCAGACUACUGCGCUGGAGUUAAGGCUUCCGAACCAGCAGGUCAAACGACUAUCGCUCACGGAGGUGGAGCAGUGGCGCCAGAAUCCGCGCUCGAGCUCAGAGGAGAAAUUGUAUCAGGACUUGAAACCCGCCCGCAAGCUUACCGUCAAUACGCACGUCGCUGGUGAUGAAUUACACAAUGUGCCUUCUCCUCCCGCAUUACGGCAUCGUCCGCAAAAGCAUCGGGGUAGAACUGGAGACGGAAGUUAUGUCCCUCCGCAAGAGCAGCUGAAGAAGGGACGGCGUGUAUCAUGGGAUGGCGCGAAGUAUCUGAAUAACGUUCUACUUGACGGCCCUAAGAAGUCUGAGGUCCCUAGCGAUGAUCAACUUCCUCUAGAGGCCCAGUCGUCCCCUAGCGACAGCAAACCCAAGCGUCGAAGUUCGAGUCGAAAACCAACCAUGUCGGCCAUCCAGUCUUUGACCCAUCUAACGGGCGAGAUAGUCGAUGGCAUGAUGCAAAUGAUGGUUAUUUCCGAGGACGAGGCUGAACGGUGGAGGGAUGAGCUGACAUACAUGGAAUCCACUGGGAGCUUUGAAGAGUGGGAGUGGCGCUUUGCAACUCCCCGCCAGCGUCAUGUGUAUGCAUUUGUUGCGCAGAGCACUUUUUAUGCUUUGGGCAGUACCAAGCAACUUCUUCUUUCGUUCCGACAGAAUACGGCUGGACCGUCCGGAGUGAACGAAGGUCAUGACAGGCCCAAGCUUGACCUUGGGCAGCUACAACCAUCGCUACGGAAACUGCUUCGUAUCUGUCCCCGGGACAUUGUUUUUCACAGUCUCUGGAGUGCAACGGAAACGUUGUUCGUCCCGCCCAAAGAGCUCUCGACGCCGGGAAAACCUGCUCGCCGCUCAUCCCACACCUCGAGCGCCGCAUCCACCACGCCUAUCAUCCGUCGAUCGGACUCCGGGAGCAAUGGACAGCUCAGUGAUUCAAGUGCAGCCGAUGUCGCGACCGUCGCUAUCUUUGCCUUGGCUGGCUCUCUCCCCGAGAUAGAUGCACCUACGUGGCGAGCAAUUCUCCAGAUGCGUGCGGCGGGAGGUGUAGCCUCAAGCUCGGAUAUGCAAAAGCUCUCGGUGGCCAGGGCCCGUCUGAUAGUCGAAACCACGGAUAUGCUUGAGCAUGAGUUGGCGCUACGACUUCUUGGUCGUCUGGUGCGCGGUAUCGGAGCACGAUUGGCGUACCACGAAAUCUCCAAGGCGAGGCAGGUAUACUCCCGAGAUCUGCCCCAACGCAAGGACAACGUGUUGGACAUCAUCGUGAACAACCUCUGCGAGCAUCACGGUGCAAUGACAGCUGCCAUCAGCGACCCGGAUACGACGCCCGCUCCUGGCGCGCCCGCGUUUAUUACCGAAUGGCUCCGGACGCUUCUCCUCAAAGAGUGGGAUGGUAACGCGGAGUUAUCGAGAUGUAGCUCAGCCGGAGCCGCGGUACGGAUUCUGUCGACACUGUACAAGGAGCGCGACCGUCUAGGGCUCGCUCCCGAGGACUUUCACACGCCAUUUCUCUCGGAUCGGCUCGAGCCCCUAGAAAUGCCUGUGGAGUGGAUCGAAAGCGGCCCCAGUAACAAGACACUUCAUCUACUCUCCUAUCCAUUUUUGUUCCCUCCGUCAGCCCUCGUGAUCUACUUCCGAGCCCUCAACUACGCCGCCAUGUCAAAGUACUACGAAGCCGCCAUGACCACGACCAGACACGUAACGCAAACUGCGUUUGGGCCCAUUCGAGUCCAAAACAACGCUGGCCUACUUGCCCAGUUGCAGACGUCCAUGUCUACCUACCUGGUUCUUGUAGUCCGCCGCGACAGUCUCCUCACGGAUGCACUCAAUCAGCUCUGGCGGCGCGAGAGACGCGAGCUCAUGCGUCCGUUGAAAGUGCAAAUGGGGAUGGACGAGGGAGAGGAGGGUCUGGAUCACGGUGGUGUGCAACAAGAGUUCUUCCGAGUCCUAAUGGCAGACGCACUGGAUGCAUCCUUUGGCAUGUUCACGACGGAUGCACGGACGCGGAUGUCCUGGUUCCAGCCCUGUUCCUGGGAACCGUUGUACAAGUUCGAGCUGCUCGGGUUGUUGAUGUCCUUGGCGGUGUACAACGGUCUCACCCUCCCAGUGAACUUCCCUACGGCGUUCUACCGCAAGCUCCUCGGGCUCAAGGUGAAACAUCUGGAGCACAUCCGGGACGGCUGGCCCGAGCUUACCAAGGGUUUGGGAGACCUCCUCACUUGGGAGGACGGAGACGUGGGUGACAUCUUCAUGCGGACGUACGAGUUCAGCUUCGAGGCCUUUGGACUUGUUGAGACGGUUGACAUGCAAAAAGUCGAUCGAGAUGCCCCAUGGCCCGCUACAUCCACGCCCGGGCGUGGUCUCAGCGGAUCGCGGUCCCUCGGGUUCUCGCCGCCAUGGUCGGAGGUCCGCCGUUAUACCGACCAUGUUGACCUCAGUCCCCCGUCUUCGAUGGCGGCCGAGACCGCGGGUUCGUACGGGGAUACCACAAAGGCCACCGAUACGCUGGUACCGGUCCAGUCGCCAACUCCCCCAGCCGAUGAGGCCUGUCUCGUGACCAACAGCAACCGGACUGAUUUUGUCAAGGAUUACAUCUUUUGGCUGACGGACAAGUCCGUUCGCCCGCAGUUCGAGGCGUUUGCGCAGGGUUUCUACACGUGCCUGGACCGAACAGCACUGUCGAUAUUCACUCCCGAGGCGUUGAAGACGGUGGUGGAGGGCAUCCAGACGAUCGAUAUCCGCGAGCUAGAGCGUCACGCCCGGUACGAGGGCGGGUUUGGACCGAGUCACCCAGUAAUCCGGGACUUCUGGAGCAUCGUCCGGCGCUACCCGGCGGAGAAGAAGGCGCAGCUGUUGGAGUUUGUGACCGCCAGCGAUCGGGUCCCAGUCAAUGGAAUCGCGAGCAUCAUGUUUGUAAUCCAGAAGAACGGAGUCGGGGAUGCUCGCCUUCCCACAAGUCUCACCUGUUUUGGCCGGCUGCUGCUGCCGGAAUACUCGUCUCGCAGUGUGAUGGAAGAAAAGCUGAGCAAGGCGUUGGAGAACGCGCGGGGAUUUGGCGUUGCUUGAUUUCGGGAUUGGAGUGGGUUGGAUGUUGUUUUUUUGAGUGAACAUACCCCUGGUGUAUAUGUCGUGCAUCAUACCCCAUUAUUAUCCAUAGAUAGCGUUAGUCUUAGUGUGGCGACCGCCACUUGAUAUAGUCAUCGGACGAAUUUUUG